ACGACAGUGAACUAUCCUCCCCCCCUUGAAGGCAGAAGGCUGUACGUCACUUUCUGCAGGGAGACAGACAGAGCACAGCCAAAGCCCAGACAGAGAUGGAGGAGUCGGACAUAUUCAAGUUCAUCUGUGCCAACAGAGGAGCGGUGGACACCGAGGACCUGUGCAACGUGGGCUCCGCCAAUGUGUCGCAGAUCAUCAGGACUGAGAGGUUCCUCCUGUGCGGAGGUGGAGGAGGAGAAAGCCAGGAGGUGGUGGUGGCCAGGACCUGGCUGAGGCUGUGCAGGGCCAAGGACUGCCCGGGGACCUGUUCGAAACUCCACCUGUGUAAACACGUCCUGUUCACCGGCGUCUGCUCCUUCACCCUGUUCAGGGGACGAUGCGUCUUCUCCCAUGAGCUGAACUCUGACCACAAUGCAAGGGUACUGAGGGAGCAUAAAGUGGAGAGCCUGAGCAGGACAGAGCUGUGCACACUGCUGCUGCAGAACGACCACUCACUCACGCCUAAUAUAUGUCACGAUUACAACAACGGCGAUGGCAUGUUUGGCCUGUGUCAGUCCGGAGUUGCCUGCGAAAGACUGCACAUCUGUGAGCGGUACCUGAGGGCGAGCUGCACCUGCUCCAGGACUCAUAACUUCAGUGCUCCACAGCCACUGAAAAUCCUGAAGGAGAAAGAUGUGCCUGACGAAAUGAUCAACUCCUUGAAAUUCGUCUACAAAAAUAAAGAGGCUUUAAGGUUGCCUGGCCAAAGGGGAGAUCGUCCACAGCAGCAACCAGGCUUUUCUACCAGUGACGGCCAUGCUGCAGCCAACUUUACUGGCGAGUACUACAGAGGGAGAGGCGGUAUCCGGGGAAACAGGGGCAACAGGGGAAACAGGGGAACCAGGGGCAACAGGGGUAAUAGGGGUAAUAGGGGAAUACAGGGCAACAGGGGAAUUCGGGGCGCCAGGGGAUCUCGGGGCAACAUGGGAAUUCGAGGCAACAGGGGAAACCAGGAAGGUGUUGAACAACUUCAACCAUCCGGUUCCACUAGUGAGCACCUUAUUGACUUCGACGACUUAGAUCUGUACACCGAAGACGGACUGAGCGAAGACAACAGUGAGCAGCAACAACAAAACUCUUCCUCCAUCAACUAUGCGAGCAGUGACAAUGGAAGAGGUGGUUACCAGGGCAACCGGGGCAACAGGGGAAACCUGGGUGGCCUCCAACAGCACCGAUCCUCUUCCUUUGGUGACCUCCUCGCUGAGUUCGAUAACUUAGAUCCCUUUAGCAAUAUGGGACAGAGCGAAGGCUUCGGAGGAGAGAUGAGAGGCUCAGGAGUCAGAGGUGGUUACCAGGGGAACAGGGGCAACUAUGGCAGAGAUAAAACCGAGAUCUGUAUGCAUUUCAUCAUAGGACACUGUAAACAUGAGGAUAAGUGUUUCAGACAUCACGACAAGAUGCCGUACAGGUGGCAGGUCAAAGAGGGAAUAGAGUGGACCGCCCUGCCCAAAAAUGAAGAUAUUGAAAAGGACUUCUGUGACCCCCAAAAAACACACAGUGGUACUACUGAGCCUGUAGAUUUUGACAUCAUGACCUGUGGACCCAGAAAAGUACGACGACUCUCCACCUGUAACUCUCUGGCUCAGCCGGCCUACCUCCACACCACCGAGUGGAUCUGGUACUGGGAGGAUGAGUUUGCAAAGUGGAACGUGUACGCUUCAUCCCCCGCAGCAGACAUGGAAAGCAGUGAGCUGGAGAAGAGGUUUCUGGCCAACCCCAGAGACGUGGUGGACUUUAUCGUUGGUUCACAGUCAUAUUCGCUCAGUUUCCAGGACAUGAUACAAACAAACAACCAUUAUAGCACAAAGAGACUCGUGAGGAGACGGCCCCGGUUCGUCUCUGGAGCUGAUGUCAGAGCAAAGAGAAUCAGGAGGCCUCUGGGUCAACCAAGCUUUCUUGCUAUCCCAGACCACUGGGACAAGACACAGAUUCCCGCAACAGGAUACAAGCGAGUCUCCCUGCAGCGCACCUCACAGGAAUUUAUGAAGAUCCAAGCUAUGUUCUUUACAACCAUGAGAGGCUUUGACAUCGUCACAAUCGAGAGGAUUCAGAACAAACCAUUGUGGGAAAGCUUUCAGUUGCAGAAGACUCAGAUGAGGACCAAUAAUGGUGGACGCGACGUGCAAGAAAAAAAUCUCUUCCAUGGCACUGACUCCGUACACGUGGAUGCCAUCUGCCUCACCAACUUUGACUGGAGGAUCUGUGGAACUCAUGGAACCGCUUUCGGCACAGGUAGCUACUUUGCCCGCGACGCCAAAUACUCCCACAGCUACACCGAUGACUCUGACGUCAAAUCCAUGUUCAUCUCACGGGUGCUGGUGGGAGACUUCACCAAAGGUUCCUCUGACUACCGCCGCCCUCCUUCCAAGGACGGCAGGACCGCCAACCUCUACGACAGCUGCGUAGAUGACGUCACAAACCCGUCUAUCUACGUCGUGUUCGAAAGGCAACAAAUCUACCCAGAGUACCUGCUGCAGUACAAGACCUCAGGCAUCAAGACAGUACACAGCCAGCCCGCUACCUACCCGUACGUCACCACUGCACCCUCACGGGUACCCGGCACAUCAGCUCAGUCUUACACAGCUUCAAACCAGCCCAGCAAUACAGUACGACGCCCGCCGGCUACCAACCCGUUCGUCACCACUGCACCUUCAUUGGUACGCAGCACGUCAGCUAGUUCUAACACAGCUUCAAACCAACCCAGCAAUUUGAGUUACAAUUCCAACUCAGCCACCUUCCAGUACCCACGCUCACCAUCGUCCUCAUCUCUACCCGAAAAGAAACCCUCUGAUUCCUGUGUCAUUGCUUAGGUGCAAAGGUGAAGUGAAUGGAUCAUGCAAAAGGAGAAUCCUGUUUGUUUGACAUGAGAGGAGAGUGGAAAGAGCUCCUGCAGAAUGCUUUGGAUAAUUUGGUGCACAGAUUUAAAAUGGUAAGAAACUUUAAAGUGUGUACUGAGGCGUCGAUUAACUUGGUCAAACUCAAAUUAUAAACCAAAUAGAUAGAAAUAGUAGUGGGCAACCAGGAAAUAUAAAUGUCAAGUUGAUUUUCAGUAACCGGGUGAGCAUUAAAUCUUAAGCUGAUCAACCAGUGAUUUGCAAACGUUAAUAAUUUGUAAACGGUUGAUGGUGCUAAUUGCUCAGGGAGGCGCUAUUAGUCUCCAUUUUCUCUUUCGCAGUUUUUCAUUGCAUCAAUUUCCAUGGCUUCGAGAACAUUAUGAUUAAUUUAGUUUUCAUUGGUAUAACAGAUUUUCAACCUUUGCCACACAUUUAACUUUUUUCUGCAGUAUACACAUUUUUUUUAAAUUUCCACACCUACACCGUAAAAAUGGUUUGUAACCAUCAUUGUUUUAAUACUAAUAAAGUAACAAACACAAGUGCAGUUCUGAUAGAUGUGCUGAGGAAAUGUUAAACACUACAAUCCGAUUAAAGAUGCUAACAAUGGAUGGUUUACGAAGUCCUCAUGAAAUGAAGAGAUGCUGCUGCACAGUGACAUUAGAGGGCGACAAUCAAUUCUCGUCGAGUCAAAAGUUAACUCGAUGGCUUCUUUCCCAAAAUGUCAAUGGUUUUGGUUUCACACAAUGAAAGUGUGCAGUUAUUGAUUAUUGAAAUCGAAACCUACAGAUAAUGCGUAGUCAUUUACAGUAUGAUUCCUUUGUAUCUGAAAAUAUUGUAUCGUCGACACUGUUGUGCAUUAAAAAUAAAUGUAAAUUUUAAUGGAAAA